ACUGAAUUCCAUGAGAAGCAACCCCACUGUGGUACGCUCACCCACUCACUUCGACUAUUCCCACCACACUCUUGAACGGUAGCAUCUAUUUCCCAUAGGGUUUGUUGCACGCUGGCUCACCCACUGUCGAAGAUGCCAGCGUUACCAUUCAACAAAUUGCCGGCAGAGCUGCGUCAAUUUGUUUGGGAUGCCGCGUUACUUGAUGAGGGAAAAAACCGGGUUGUCCUCGUUGAUUCAAAUUUCAGCGCGAUAUACCCUACGAAACUUCUGGUUUCGCCAUUUUUGCUAGUCAGUCAUGAAAGCCGUGAGCGAGCGAAGCGCUUCUAUUCUUACCGAGUUGAUGUAAACGAGGUUACCAAGAGAGACAGUUUCAUAACAAAUAGUCUCCUAUUCGGCUCUCCGGUAGGGAACGUUUACCUGAGCGCGGAAUACGAUACCUUCUGUGGGGGAUUCAAGUGGCCUGACUUCGUAGAUCAGGCUAAGUAUCCUCAGCGCGAAUUUGCAGAAAUGAAGGCUAGAUGGCGAGGCGUUUCGUUUUGCGGUACCGCUCCUGAGAUUCUAUACGAACUAGCCCCAAGCGUUCGAAAGGCCUGCAUUAUAUCAUAUUACAGACCCGAAAGCGAAGACAGGACCUCUUGGAGCUAUCAGGGCCAAGGAUACAGCCCUCAAAAUCUACGAUUUGGUAAUCCUUCACGGGAUGAUCUCAGUGUGUUUCUACAGCACCGGAAAGUUUUUCCUAAUGCUCAACAUUUGUUUGAAGUAUAUAUACCAGCGGAGUACCUUGGUAGGUUCGGCAGUUUUGCGCGCAUAUGCAAUUCAACAAUAGAUAUCACGGUCAUCGCUGAAAAGGGCUGGGAGGGGUAUCUUCAACUUAUGAAUCUAUUUCCCUUCAAAUAUGCUGUAGGCCGGUUGAUGAACUGGCAGGACUGGCGCAGCUGGUGUGACCGUAGCGGGGAACGGGUGGUACCUAGGCCGCGUUUCAUGACUUUGCCAGAGUUCGGAGAGGCUAUAGGUGUCUAGUAUAUUGUCAGAGGUAUCCAAGAAACAGUUCGCAGUGGUUGCCGGACAAUCAAAGGUAGAUGCUGAGCGCUUUUGCUCCUCAAUUAUAAUUAUAAUUUAUGCCUACAUAUAUCUAGUCUAGUGCCUUCGGUGCAGUUUUGAGAUCAUUGGUCUCUUUACACUGGUAGAAAAUAGUACGAUAUAAAAUAUACCGAUCAUAGGCUGUGAGGAAGUGUUUUUUUUUUUUUGUAUACAGGACGCUGCCGAGCUGCCACAACGACCAAUGUACCUCGUGAGUCUUGAUUAUUGGAAAUAUUGUACGUAUUCACGAAGUCCGACCUUCAAU